GCCGCCGCCGCGCUGCGCCGCGCGCUGGCGCCCCGCGCGCGCGCCGCGCUCGCGCUGCUGCACGCGCCCGCGCAGCGCCAGGCCGUCGCCUUCCCGCACCCGCGCCUGCUGCAGUACGACUGCGGCAAGCUGCAGACGCUGGACGGGCUGCUGCGGCGGCUGAAGGCGGGCGGGCACCGCGUGCUGAUCUUCACGCAGAUGACGCGCGUGCUGGACGUGCUGGAGGCGUUCCUGUCGCUGCACGGGCACGCGUACCUGCGGCUGGACGGCGGCACGCGCGUGGAGCAGCGCCAGCCGCUCGUGGACCGCUUCAACAGCGACGCGCGCGUGUUCGCCUUCAUCCUGUCCACGCGCAGCGGCGGCGUCGGCCUCAACCUCACCGGCGCCGACUCGGUCGUGUUCUACGACUCGGACUGGAACCCCACCAUGGACGCGCAGGCGCAGGACCGCUGCCACCGCAUCGGGCAGACGCGCGACGUGCACGUGUUCCGGCUCGUCACCGCCGCCACCGUCGAGGAGAACAUCCUGCGCAAGGCCGAGCAGAAGCGCACGCUGGGCCACCUCGCCAUCGAGGACGGCCACUUCACCACCUCCUACCUCCGAGCGGCGAACAUAAAGGAGCUGUUCGGCGCGGCGGAGGGCGGCGCGGCGGAGGGCGGUGCGGCGGGGAGUGCGGGGAGCGCGGCGGGGAGUGCGGCGGGGGGAGCGGGCGAGGCGGAGCGCGGCGAGCUGGAGAGCGCGCUGGCGGCGGCGGAGGACGAGGCGGACGCGGCGGCGGCGGCGGCGGCGCGCGCCGAGGCGCAGGGCGAGCUGGCCGAGUUCGACGAGAGCGUGCCGCUCGACGACGAGCCGCGCGCCGCCGGGGACGCCGCCGACGCGCCCGAGUUCCGCGCGCUCAUGGACCAGGUACCGAUAAAGCACUGUUAUUCGGAACCUACCAACUUUCCAAUUGAUUGCCAUAUCGAUAAGCCUUCCAGAACUCGUCGAAGUAAGUACCGCCUCAACACGGACGGUCAAGUGUUACGGCCGAUCACAAAGACCGCAUCGCACUUUUAAACCAUAUUGUACAAA